AUGGGGCCGGGAGGAAGUGGGUAUAUUCCCGGUGAUCCAUCUGCAGGACGUAUGUAUGGACCACCUGGAAUGGGGCCUGGCCCACAUGGAAUGAUGCCUCCAGGUAUGCCAGGUGUAAUGCCACCACCAAUUGGUAUAGUGCCAGAACCACCUGGAAUGAUGCCCGGGCAUCCGGGAAUGAUGCCCGGGCAUCCGGGAAUGAUGCCCGGGCAGCCGGGAAUGAUGCCCGGGCAGCCGGGAAUGAUGCCCGGCCAGCCGGGAAUGAUGCCCGGGCAGCCCGGCAUGAUGCCCCCAUACGGCUCAGGAAUACCACCACCUUACUAA